CCUUAUAUGCUUCAAAAUGGAAUGGGACUAACAUCAGACGUUAAUCUCAUAACUUUGAAAACUUUAAAAAAUGACUCCACGAUACCAACCAAUCCAAUUUACAAUAUACUAUCCUCGAAGGAAAAAUAUGCCAACUUGGAUAUAAAGAGUGCAAAUAUAAUAUUAAAAGCUCUGCCUGAAAAAGGUACCUCAAGCGCAAUAGUCAUCCAAGCGACAGAUAAAAGCGGCGCCGAAGCUUUUCUCGAAGUUAAAAUCCAAUCACAAGAUAUGAAAAAUAAUAUCUUUAAUUGUUCGGACUAUUUGCAGGAUAUAUGCUUCUGGAAUACGUCCAAAUACAGGAUUUAUGAGAAUCAGCCAUUGACAAUGCUAGGCACUUUAGGACCGGAUGCCUAUAAAUCUAUUUGUCCGCAAUUUUCAGUAUCCAGAUAUGAAUUAUUAAAUGGGACAGAUUUCGUUUAUUUAUCGGAUAACAAAGUCUAUUCAAACGACUCACUCGAUCGAGAUACAUUGAAUCCACCGAAAGGUACGGGGCCUCGUGCAGUUGUCAACGUCAGAUGCGUUAUCUGGGAGAACACAACGGGUAAUCAAUAUACGAUCGAUAAGGUAUUGAAUGUCGAUGUAUUGGAUCAAAAUGACAAUCCACCGAUUCCACAAACCAAUGCGAGCGUGGAGAUACAUUUGAAAGAUUUCACACAGGGUGAUAGACUAGAUGAAAACGAUUUAAUAAUUAACGACGCCGACAACAUUAAUACAAAUACGUAUAGCGUUCGACUGCUUAAUGAUAUUUACAAUUCUCUUAAUUUAACCUAUGACAUAAUAUCGAUUGAUCAUCCGAAGAGGCCGCCAUCAACGGCGAUCUAUGCAAGAUUGUAUUCUAGGACAACGCUUCUUCCGAAAUCACCGUAUCGAGUGAUAUUACAAGUUAGGGACGAAUCGCUGUUAACAGGAUUUGGAAAUAAUACGCGGAACAUCAGCCUAUCCUUCAUCGGGCCCCAGCAUCACACGACCACGACGACGACGUCGAUCCCUUUGAAGCAGCGCAUCGUCUAUCCGGUGGUCGCACAGCUGCCACGCAAUUCCAGUCAAUUUUAUCGAAUCGCCCAACCACUCCACAGGGUUAAUUCGAAAGUGCUAUUUGCUUUGCCAGGCGUCGAAGCUUUCAACGUCACGAGCACAGGCGGCAUCGUCUUUCUCGCGAACGCGAGCGCACUUCCGUUGAAUUCCACGGCAAUGAGCUUACGAGUGGAAUGGCGUACGCCGGAUCAGCGCACAUUCUCCACUACUCUGACGAUCAAAAUCACCGAGCCUACGGAGUUCUGCAAACAAAAUCAAAUGAGCAUUCACUCCUGUGCAAACGCCAAGACUAUUAAUGAAUGUGAAGGAAGAUGCGGAGUCGGCAGUGGAAAUUCAAUGACAAACGACCAUUAUGCGGGUGGCUGCAUUUGGAGAUCGAACAAGGCAAACAACAGCACAAUGACCGAAAAGUACGAAACCUGCUCCCCGGAUCUCACCUAUUGUCCUAAUUACAUAUGCGAUGAGUUGGAACACCUCGAUCCACGAAUUUGUCCACAAGAUUGUGCCAUCGAAUCGGAGGUACGCUUCGCGGAGAUGAACAAGGGCGGCCGAGGUAUACGUAGCGGCUUCGGGACCUGCUGGUGCGACGACUUCACGCAGUGCACCUGCGGCGCCAGUUUCCGGAGGCCGACAACGGGCAGCGGCGGCGCCAAGGAAGCGCGCGAAGCCGCCAAGAGCCGGCGAGACCGCGAGAGGACACCGCCUCCGUUCGUCGGCGCGGAUGCGCGCAAGGCUACAAGCAGUACCUGCGGGCCAACGUGUUUGAUCGGAAUUAUCGCGGCGAGCCUUUUUGUCCUUAUAAUUAUUGUUGGAUCGUUUGUAUUAUGGCGUUACAGAAUUGUGACGAAAGUUCCACGGCGAAGUUGUAUGCACAGAGGAAGCGAUGUGGCCAAUGGUUUAGGGAUUUUACCUCUGGAUUAUGUCGAUCGUGGAGAUGGUUUACUAAUCGGUUUAGAAUCCUUAUCGGUCGCAAAUCGUACCCUGCUUGCACCAAAAAAUUCACCGCCCGAUCCCAAAUGGGAGUUCCCGCGAUCGCGCUUGACGAUCGAGCAGGUCCUGGGUGAGGGUGAGUUUGGACGUGUCCUGCGGGCGAAGGCCCAGGAUAUCGGGGGCUGGUCGGGCCAGACUACCGUAGCCGUCAAGACCCUGAAGGAGGACGCGAGCGCAUCCGAGCUCGCCGAUCUCCUCUCCGAGUAUCAACUGCUGAAGGAGGCUCAGCAUCCCAACGUCAUAAGACUUUUGGGCGCGUGUACGACAUCUGGCGGACCGAUUUAUCUCAUCAUCGAGUUCGCCGAGUUCGGAUCUCUUAGAAAUUACUUACGAAGGAGCCGACAUUUAGAAUCUGAAGGUAGAGUGCCAUGCUCGACGUUACUUUUAUCUUCAUCACCAAGCAAUAUAAAACCUUUGGAUCAACAAUGUAUCGAUCCCAUCGUAAAUUAUACAAUUACACCGAGAGAUAUUCUUUCUUUCGCUUGGCAAAUUAGCAAAGGAAUGGCCUACCUAGCGGAUAUUAAGUUGGUACAUCGAGAUUUGGCAGCGAGGAAUGUACUGCUCGCAGCUGGAAAAGUCUGUAAAAUAUCAGAUUUUGGCUUAACGCGCGACGUGUACGAAGAUGAUGCUUAUUUAAAGCGCAGCAAAGGACGAGUGCCGGUUAAAUGGAUGGCACCUGAGUCAUUGGCCGAUCACGUGUACACGAGCAAAUCCGACGUCUGGAGCUUCGGUGUACUCCUCUGGGAGCUGGUGACUCUUGGCGCUUCGCCUUAUCCUGGCGUUGACGUUCACAACCUUUACAAUCUUCUAAAAGCGGGAUAUCGUAUGGAGAAGCCGGCUAAUUGCUCGUACCAGCUGUAUAAGCUCAUGGUCUCGUGUUGGCACGAGGAGGCUGGAAUGAGGCCAUCAUUUAAGGAGCUUAUUUGUCAUUGGGAACGAAUGCUCGAGGAUGCCGUCGAGUAUCUCGACCUGAACCCACGAACCGUACAUAAUCAAGCCUACUUCACGUCACUGCAUGCUUUGGACAGUCCCACCUCGAGCGUUGACUCGCCGAAGAACGUCAUAAGCUAUGCCCUGGUGAACUCCCAGCAGCGGACGGACGCCGUCAAUUACCUGAGCAGGCCGUCCUUCGAACUCAUGAGCAAGUCCGACAAGGUGGACAAGCUCGAGGCGCUCUGGCACGAGCCGAGCACCUACCCGGAGGGCCUCGCCAAGGCGCGUACGAUCUACGUCAACGAGCAGCAGGUGACCGGGCACUACGAGAGCCCGAUUAAGUUACGCAACGCGAGCGUCACCAGCAGCAGCGAGAACGAGCUCGAGCCGUCUAUGAGCUCCGCCCGGCCCCAGUCCUACAUCGACAUGCAGGCUGGGAUCGUUUACAAGAACGCGGAGAAGGAGCCCGAGGACCUGCUCCUCUCCUUCGGCAGCUCCGCCGACGAACCCGUCAUUGGCUUCGAUCUCUGAAUUACGCGAGGCGGCGACGAUCACAGAUUAUUCAC